AGAGAAUUACCUAUUUCUCCCUUUCCCAAACAAAAACAUAACAUUUUAGCCUCAACCCUCAGUCAGGGAAUCUCUGAACGGAAACAAAAAAAGAAAAAGAAAGAAAGAAAAGGUGAAAUUGAGUUUGGGUGUUGAUCAUCAUCAUCUCCGAUUCUUGAUUUGAUUUCAAUUUGAUCCAUCCAUGGAGAUCCCAAGCAAAGUAAUGAAGUUCAGAUUCCACAUUCUGGUAACCCUAAUCUUAUCCCUAACUCUCUUCUCCCUCUUCCUCCUUGCUCCAAGUUUCCUCUCCCUUCUCGCUUACUUCUGGCCACUCUUCCUCUCCACUGCUCUCUUCCUUCUCGCCGUUCUCCUCUUCGCCAACACCUCCCUUCCGCCACCUGAUAAAGCCGCCGAAGGUCUCCUCAGCUAUGUCGCCGGCCACCACGACCUCGACUCCUCCUCCUCUCUCAAAUCCGAUUAAAUCAAUCAAAUCCAUCAUACACGGUUCUUUUUCUCUUCUUUCUCUAUUACUUACUACUUCUCAAUCUAAAUCCUCUUAAAUCAAUUAUUAUUAUUAAUUACUCUAAUUUUUCUUUUACUUAAUAACCGCCUUUUCUCUAAUCGAUUCCCCUCCAAAAUCUCCGAUCUGAUGUCAUGAGAAUAUGAACAUAUAUGUCUCUGUUUUGUACUUUUUGUAAUUUAAUUUCUUGAGAUCCAUUACUGGUAGUGUGUGGUUAGAUGAAUAGCGCUAUGUAGGUUUUUUGUAACGCCCAACAAUUUCGGUUUCCUUUUGUUUUGACCAUUAAUAUUAAUACUAAAGUGUGUUUAUUAUUAGUAUUAAAGUAAAGUUUUUUUUUAUGUAUUAAUUUUGAAGUUAGGGGGUGAAAUAAAUUAUCGGCUUAACAAAUAAAUGGCCUUGGAAAGGGUCAAAGGUGGUUAUUGGAGGAGAGAGGAAAGAGGGUUUUAAAGAUUUCUUUUAUUAUUUUUAUUUCUUUUAAAAAGAGGCCUUGGGACUCGUGCGUAAAGAGGAAGAGGAAAAUUUUCAAGAAAGAAAAAGGGGGAAAAAUUUUCCUAUUGAAACCCUAGCCGCCGCACGCCGCCGCCGCCGCCGCCGCCGCCGCCGCCGCGAACCCGAGCCGCCAAGUACCCUUCUCUGUUCAGCAGCGCAGCCGAGCCGCAGUCGCAACCGAGCCGUCGCCGAGCUCCCAGCCGCGCCGGGAGAAUCGUCCAAGCCGAUCUGCGCAGCCGAGCGUCCGUCGGAGCAGCCGUCUCUCGCACGCCGAAGCCGAGUCGAAGCCGCCUCCGCGCGUCCGCAGCCAACCCGUCAGCCAGCCGAGGCGCGCCGCUCCGAUCCGACGCAAGCGCAGCCGAAACGCCAGUCGGUAGCCGUCGCCGAGCGAAGCCGCGGUAGCCGGACCACCAACAACCGCCGCGCCGCCCGAAAUCCGGAAGCCGAAGCCUCGCGCGCAAGGGUCCGACCGAAGACCCGCCCCGCGACCCGAACCGACGCGCGCCACCUUCCGGAAACCCGACCCGCGCCCGCGUGCACCCGUGCGUGAGCCGCGCCCGCGUGUGAAGCCGCGCCGCGCGCUUUUGCGUAGCCGAGCCGCGUCUCCCCUGUGGCAAGCCGAGCCGCGUCUCCCCCUGUUGCAAGCCGAGCCGCACGCGAAAUCCCUGUACCGAGCCGAGCCGCGUCUGCCCAAGCCGAGCCGGUCCUGUCUUCUUCCAGCCGAGCCGCCAGGACUAAAUUGGCUCCAUCCACCUAUAUUUUGGUAAGCUAAUUAAUUAUUGUGGUCUUUCCGGUAAGACUCCAUGCUCGGACGUUAGUUAAAUUAAUUUGGGUCUAAAUUAAAUUAUUUUCCUCAAGGGACGUCUUGGACCAAGAAAUUACUGCAGCGCGGGAUUUCUUCAGUAGGGGCUCGAGCACUGCAACCUCCUUCUAGGGUAAGUUAAAUUCAAUUGAGUCUCGAACCGUUGGUCGUUGGCGACCUAUUUACGAAUUUUGACUUAUUAAACAGUUAGGACUUCGUCGCUUGGAAAACGUACUGCCUCGCGGUUAGGACUUGACAAGUAGAUCUCCAGGGAGAAUGCCGCCACGUAGAGGUACACGCCGAGGAGGUGGUAGGGGAGGCAGAGGAGCCGGUCGUGGCCAGCCGGAGGCGCCACCUGUUGCACCGGCAGUCGACCCAAACGCACCGGUCACCCAGGCGGAUCUCGCCGCGAUGGAGCAGCGUUAUCAGGACAUGCUGCAAGCUGCUUUGGCGCCUUUCCUUGCCGCCCAGCAGAACCAGGCCGCCCCUGUUCAGGCCGAGGCCGCCCCUGCUCAGGCCCAGGCCGCCCCUGUUCAGGCUCAGGCCGUCGCUCCUCCAGCCCCUGAGGAAGCUCAACCAGUACCAGUUCAACUGUCGGCCGAGGCGAAACACUUACGGGAUUUCAGGAAGUAUAAUCCCAAGACCUUUGACGGAUCCAUGGACAACCCCACAAAGGCCCAAAUGUGGUUGACGUCCAUAGAGACCAUUUUCCGGUACAUGAAGUGCCCAGAAGACCAGAAGGUGCAGUGUGCAGUCUUCUUCUUGGAGGACAGGGGCACCGCCUGGUGGGAGACCGCGGAGAGAAUGCUAGGGGGCGAUGUAAGCAAAAUAACAUGGGAGCAGUUCAAGGAGAACUUCUAUGCUAAGUUUUUCUCCGCCAAUGUGAAGCACGCCAAGCUGCAAGAGUUCCUAAACUUGGAGCAAGGCGACAUGACGGUGGAGCAGUACGACGCCGAGUUCGAUAUGCUGUCCCGCUUUGCUCCCGAUAUGGUAAGAGAUGAGGCUGCCAGGACGGAGAAAUUUGUUAGAGGACUCAGGCUAGACCUUCAGGGCAUUGUCAGAGCCCUCCGCCCAGCCACGCAUGCUGAUGCACUACGUAUAGCACUGGAUUUGAGCCUGCCUGAGAGAGCCGAUGCGUCUAAGGCUGCCGGCAGAGGGUCAGCCUUGGGACAGAAGAGAAAGGUUGAGACGCAGCCUGACGUAGCACCGCAGCGAACACUGAGGUCAGGAGGUGUCUUCCAGAGACACCGACGGGAGCUUGCAGCAGCCGGGAGGACUCUGAGAGAGCUACCCGCUUGUACUACCUGCGGGAGAGUCCACGGAGGUCGUUGCUUGGCUGGAAGUGGAGUCUGCUUUAGGUGCAGACAGCCGGGGCACACUGCUGAUAUGUGUCCUCGGAAACCCUUUGAGACGACACCGCCCCAGCCUCCUGCGGCCCAGCAGGGGAGAGUUUUCGCCACUACCCGGCAGGAGGCCGAGCGAGCUGGCACUGUGGUGACAGGUACGCUCCCAAUUUUGGGGCACUAUGCUUUUGUGCUAUUUGACUCUGGGUCAUCCCACUCGUUUAUAUCCUCCGUUUUCGUUCAGCAUGUGGGUUUAGAGGUAGAGCCUUUGGGUAGUGUUUUGUCGGUUUCUACUCCAUCUGGGGAGGUCCUGUUAUCCAAAGAACAAAUAAAGGCAUGUCGGGUAGAGAUAGCGAAUCGUAUGUUAGACGUGACCUUGCUAGUGUUAGACAUGCAGGAUUUUGAUGUGAUACUAGGCAUGGAUUGGCUAUCAGCCAACCAUGCAAAUAUAGACUGUUAUGGCAAGGAAGUUGUCUUCAACCCUCCCUCCGAGGCUAGUUUCAAAUUCAGGGGGGCAGGCAUGGUAUGUAUACCCAAGGUCAUCUCAGCCAUGAAGGCUAGUAAACUACUCAGCCAGGGUACUUGGGGUAUUUUGGCAAGCGUAGUGGAUGUGAGAGAGCCGGAAGUUUCCCUAUCUUCCGAACCAGUGGUAAGAGAGUACCCCGACGUUUUUCCAGACGAACUUCCAGGACUUCCGCCUCCCAGAGAAGUAGACUUCGCUAUCGAGUUAGAGCCGGGCACUGCCCCAAUCUCGAGGGCCCCUUACAGAAUGGCUCCAACCGAACUAAAGGAGUUGAAGGUCCAGUUACAGGAGUUGCUGGACAAAGGCUUCAUCCGGCCCAGUGUGUCGCCUUGGGGAGCCCCAGUAUUGUUCGUGAAGAAGAAGGAUGGGUCAAUGCGCCUUUGUAUUGACUACCGAGAGCUGAACAAGGUGACAGUCAAAAACCGCUACCCCUUGCCCAGGAUUGAUGACCUGUUCGAUCAGUUGCAGGGAGCCACCGUCUUCUCCAAGAUCGACCUGCGAUCAGGCUAUCACCAGUUGAGGAUUAGGGACGGUGACAUCCCCAAGACGGCCUUCCGAUCGAGGUACGGACAUUACGAAUUCGUUGUGAUGUCUUUCGGCUUGACUAACGCUCCUGCAGUAUUCAUGGAUCUGAUGAACAGGGUGUUUAAGGAGUUUCUAGACUCGUUCGUCAUAGUCUUCAUUGACGACAUCCUCAUUUACUCAAAAACUGAGGCUGAGCACGAGGAGCACUUACACCAAGUUUUGGAGACCCUUCGAGCCAACAAGUUGUAUGCCAAGUUCUCCAAGUGUGAAUUCUGGUUAAGGAAGGUGACGUUUCUUGGCCACGUGGUUUCCAGUGAGGGAGUUUCAGUAGAUCCCGCAAAGAUUGAAGCGGUGACCAACUGGACCCGACCGUCCACGGUUAGUGAAAUUCGAAGUUUUCUGGGCUUGGCAGGUUACUACAGGAGGUUCGUGGAAGACUUCUCACGUAUAGCCAGCCCGUUGACCCAGUUGACCAAGAAGGGAACCCCCUUUUGUCUGGAGCCCAGCUUGCGAGAGGAGCUUUCAGGAGCUCAAACAGAAGCUAGUGACUGCACCGGUCCUGACAGUGCCCGAUGGUUCGGGAAACUUUGUAAUCUAUAG